CUUAAAUGAAACGGGAGCACCACCCCCUAGACUUCCUAACAUUUGACUUAGACACAGAGUCAUGGGUGGCUUCAAAACCACAAGCUGUCAUCACCAAACACUUCUGGGACAGACAGAGAGCCAGAAAUGAGCUUUGGAAGAAUUACCUCACCCAGUUUUGUCCUGAAUGGCUGAGGAAGCAUCUGAACUUUGGGAGGAGCUUCCUGCUGAGAACAGGUGAUUGUAAAAUUGAAUUGCUCUUUCGCAGUUUCACUGUGAGGUACUGCUCUACAGGAAUUAUUUGGCGUCUUUCACUGGACAUGCAACCUUCCCUCAGUGUCUCUCCUCCAGAAGUCUCCCUCCUCUCCAGUCAGCUGCCACGCUACAGGUUUCUUCCCAGAUAGCGCCAUGAUGUUCUGGAGGAAAGAUGGAGAGGAGAUUCAUGAGG